AUGAAUGAAAAGCAAUGUAUGUCGCAUAUAUUAGGACAUGAAUUUAAAUUUUAUGUAUUUUUCUUAUGUUUUUCUAUUAUUGGAUAUAUAUUUGGUGUAUAUUAUUGGCAAACAUUUAUUCGACUUCCUUGUACAUCAACAUUAAUUCCAAUUACACAAAUAAAAUAUUCAUUUUAUGAUCAUUUUCAAUAUCGAACAAAACAAACAUGUUAUAAUGAAAAUUCAAAAUUAUUUUUAACUAUAGCUAUAAUAUCAUCAUAUGAACGUUUAUUAAUUUAUUUACCUGCUAUACUUAACACAUGGAUAUUAACAACAACAAAUGAUAUUGAAAUAAUUAUAUUUAUUGAAGAAAAAUCAUUGACGUCAGAGGAAUCGAUUGAAAACAUUUUUUUUGAAUUAAACAACAAGAUAAACCAAUCUAUUAAAUCUUGUUUAUUUAUUGUUAAAUUAAAAAAUGUUCAGAAUAGUUAUCCACCACAAAGAAAAAGUUUCUAUGCUCUGAAAUUUAUUUAUGCACUUUAUAGUCAAAGAACAUCAUGGUUAUUGCGUUUAGAUGAUAAUGCUUACGUUAACGUUGAAGAACUUGUUAAAUGGCUUAAAUUAAUUGAUCAUCGAAAAACGUUGUAUCUAGGACAAGGUGGAUCUGGAAGGCGAAAUGGGCCACCUAUUCAUUUUCCACAAGAACAACUGUUUUGUAUGGGUGGAAGUGGAGUUAUACUUUCUCAAAGUACUUUAAUUCAACUUGGUCCAUGGCUUGAUCAAUGUUUAAAUAAUGAAAUUCGUACUCCACAUGAAGAUGUUGAAUUAGGUCGUUGCAUAAUAAACCAUGUUUAUAUUAGUUGUACAAGAUCUGCCAAUACAAACUCUUUAUUUUAUCAUCAUUACGGUCCUCGAUAUAAAUUUGGUCAUGAUUUUACACCAUCAAUUGUUUCUCAAGCAUUAAUUAUGCAUCCAAUUAAUGAUCAAAAUACAUUUCAACAAAUAUAUACUUUUUAUAUACGACUAAAACAAGAAAAAGAAUAUUUAGAAAAUAAUAAAUCAUUAAAAAAACUAAUAAAUAGACAAACUUAUGUAACGUUUCAAUCCAAAGUGGCAUUUGAUCUUUCACGAGAUACAUUUUAUCAAAGGAUUGAUGUAAGAUGGAAAUCAUAUAUUGAACAAGCUAUUCAGUCAUAUAUUGAAAAAACAAGGAUAAUUUGGCAUCAACGUUUAUUUAAUUGGACAUUGGUAAAUGGUAAAUUCGUAUUCGGUUAUCAUUGUGUAAAGCCAUCAUACGGCUUAAAAGUAAUAGUUGAAGUUCGAUUAACUGCUCAAACUGUUUCUACAUAUCCAACUAAAGUUGCUACUACUUAUAAAAGAUUUCGUAUAAAUCAACUAUUUACAAAUAAACAUCAUUUUGAUUAUCGCGAAAUAAAUAAUAUUGAAACAAAUGAUAAUAUUUAUCAAUUAAAUCUUAUUGUUGUUUCAAGUAAUAAAGAUGAAGCAUUAAUAAGAUUUAUAAAUAAUUAUGAAAGUGAAGUAUUAAAGUAUCCAUUAAGACAUAAAUAUUUUACAUUAACUAUACUUUAUUUUUCUUACAAAAAGGAAAUAACUAAUCGCAUUAUUGAUCUUAUAAAUGGUUUAUCCAUCAAAUAUAUGUCAAUUGUUCGUGUAUCAAUUAUUAAUUCAAAUCAAACUUCUUAUAAUCGUGGACUUGGUCGUCAAUUAGCAUCAAAAUUAUUUACAAAUAAUCAAUUAUUAUUUUUCUUAGAUGCUGAUCUUAUAUUUAUUGGACAAGCAUUAGAUAAUACUCGUCGUUUAAUGAUUCACCAAUUAUCUAUAUCAUCUUGUACAGUCUAUUUUCCAAUUAUAUUUUCAGUUUUUUCAAAUAGAUCUGUUGCUAAUGAUGAUUCAAUGAUUGAUGUUAAUUCAAAAAAUGGUUUAUUUUCUAUUUAUGGUUUUGGAAAUGUUGCUGUACGUAAACAAGAUUUAGAUGAUAUUGGUGGAUGGGAAACUAAUAAUGAUGAUUGGGGUAUGGAAGAUGUUAAUUUAUUUCAACGAUUUAGUGAUUCUUCAUCAGAAUGUUAUGUAUUUCGAGCUGUUGAACCUGGUUUAAGACAUUAUUAUCAUAAAAAAAUGUGCAAUGGAAUUGUGAAUAAAGUACGCGAACAAAUGUGCCUUGAUGCAGAUGCAAUUUUAAUCGGAUCACAAAUGCAUAUGGUUAAUUAUUUAUUUAAUAAUAUGACUUUGUCUAUUUAA